AUGGAUCAUCCGAAAGAAGGUUCCGGGGAAUCCGGGAUGCCUCCCUCUGCUUCUGGAGCUAAACUACUGAAAGUUAAGCAAGAAAUCGGAGCCAAGAUGAGGAAGGGGAAAAAGACAGCCAGGGAGGCAAUCGCGACCAGAGUUUCUAAACGGAAGAAGAAAGACGAUUCUAGUGGGAGCAGUCCUCACUCGCCUUCGUUGCUGAAAAAUCAAGACGUGGUUAACCUCAUGGUUCAAGCUCUCGGCCAAAAGGAGCUUGGCCGUGCCUGUAAUUCUGACGAAACCCCCGAGACCGCUCCGGAGGGUUGGUUCUGUUGCCAUGAGAAGUACAUCUCCAAGUCUCACUUGAGAUUUCCUCUUCCGACCCUACUGCUUGAUCUACUAGAUCAUUAUCAGUUAGCCCUUUCCCAACUCUGUCCCUCGGUUAUCCGGGUGAUAAACGGCUUUAUCACUAGGUCCAAAGAGGAGGGGGAAAGCGCCUCUAAGGAGGGUGGUACCGGGACCUACUACCUCCCUAGUCGUCCCAAUCAUGUUAUCUUCAGAUUCUCUAGUAGUGAUGAUGACUGGAGGAAGAAGUAUUUUUACGUUAAAGUUGAUCCUUCGACGGUUCCUGUGGGAAUUCUAGGGAUAUGCUUUUUUGUUUUAUUCAUUUAUGGCCGAGUAACCUUUUGCUCUGAUUUACUUGCAGAAAUCGAAGAUCCCCCGAAGCUCUCUACCAAGCUCACCAGGGCUCUAUACCGCAAGUUGCAACAGAGUCCCUGUACCUGGGUGGCCUACACCACUUCUCGAAUAAGUGCAGCCAGAUUCCCAGAUACCUACAACGCCUCUUUCCAAGAUCCCAUUCCUGCUGAGAACCUUGAGAUUUCGGCAGGCGAUUCGGUUGUAUCGAUCUCAACUGGUGCUAGUGCUUCGGGAACUGAAAAGUCUCAGCCAGGUGACAUGACUCUGCGACCGUCAUUCCGUUCUAGGGGUAACCCCUCUAAAGCUGCCAGUGCUUCUCGUGGAAGCGACAGGAACCAAGGAGGAUCGUUCCUUAUCUCAAUGAAGGAAGUUUUGGACGACGGAGGAUCCAAACCUGUUGUCGAGACUACUCCAACUGAGGUUGUAGCUCAGGAUGCUGCUCCUCUCCCUGAGGUCCAGGUGCCGGAGGCUGACUACCAGGCUCCGAAGGGUACCUCUGAGAUCGAGCCGUCGAGACACAAGAGGCCCAGGAUCGAUCAGGGCGGAGCUUCCAUCCGUUCUUCUUCCUCGUCCUCUAGAGGAGGGACUGUUGGGUGGAGCUUUACCCAUUCGAAGCCUGGGUCGAUCCUGGAUGACUCUUGGGGCCUAGCUGCGAUAAUGAGGCACCUGAAGAGCGUGGGAUGUCCCCUUCCAGCGCUCAAGGACCUGACUAACCGAGAUGAGUAUCUCGAUAUUGCCCACUGUAUGGGUCAGUUGGCUGGGGCUGUUAACAGGGCCCAGCUCAGGUUUGAGAAUGCUCUGUGUGCUGCCCCCAAUGCUGGUGAACUUGCUGAGGUUACCGAGAUGGUUAAGGCAGCCAAAACCGAUCUUGACCAAGCCCGGGUUCGAAUUUCUGAACUCGAAGCCGAAGUGACGAGGCUAGGCUCGAAGGCCGAUGCUCAGCAAGGAGAGAUCGAGAGUCAAAAGCUCGAUAUCCAGGUGAAGAGCAGGAGGAUCAAUGAUUUAGAGGCUGCUCGAAAGAUAGCUGAGCAUCAAGUACGUGAGCUCAUUGCCUCAUCCCGGGAUAGCCAGAAGAACAAGGAAGCUGAAGAAGAAAGAUGA